CGCUUAUAUCCCAAACGGAACUGGCUUUUCCCGCCAGUGUCAGGAUGGCCGAGCGGACCAAGGCGCUGCGUUCAGGUCGCAGUCCACUAUUGUGGGCGUGGGUUCGAAUCCCACUUCUGACAAGGUAAUAAAUAAUAACCGCGAAAUUCCGCAGUACAAAAUUAUAGUCUGUCAAAAAUGGCGGAUGACAAAUCAUUUGUUACGAUUUCUGGUGCUGCACUUUCGUUAUUAAUUUAUGAAAAUGUUCGAACUGUUGGCGAUCAGAUGGGAUUUUUUCUCGGUGAAGUCUUGAGGUAUGUUACAAAAAAAGUAACUGAUGCUGACCGACAAGUUGACUCUACAGAAAUACAUAUUAAUAUUAGAGGAAUUAUGCCGUUGCCGCCAACAUGUUCAUUUUACAAUUCAGUAGGAAAAAUUGAUGAAUCAAAACUUAAAGACUUUGUAAAUAAUAACGAUAAAGAAAUCGUUGGGUGGUAUCGUUUUAGAUUAAAUAAUUCAUUAUUUCCAAGUUUGAGAGACAAACUAUUGCACAAACAAUUUGAAAAUAUAUUUUCUGGUGGUAAUAAUAAUGAUAAGCAGUAUUUUGUUGCUGGUAUGUUGAGUUAUUCUGUCACUGAAAAAAAAAAUACUCAUAAAUUGAGGCUCGUACUUUCACAAAACAAAGACGGAAUUCAUCACCCAGUUCAACUAAAAAUUAAUAAUCUAGGAGCAGAUGCUUCGAGACUUGAUGGAUCUGACUACAAACCAACGCCAAUUAAACAACAAAAUUCAGUAAAAGAUCAUUUCAGCAAAUUUGUUGAUACAUUACAGAUUGAUUUCGAAAGAUCUCCAGCAAUUGACUCAAUAGUAAAAAUAAAUAAAGCAGCAGAACGUCAUCUCGAUAAUUUGGUUUCAGCGGUACUACAAUCAGAUCGUGAACUGAUGGAAUUAGAAAAAGAAAUAGAAAAUCUGCAGAAAGAAAUCGAAGCAAAUCGUUUAGAAAACACAGAGCCACCGAAAAUUGAAAAUUCUGCUGGUGAAACUCUUGUAGAUUUGAUUAAAAAAGAUUUUGAUGACUCAGAUGAUAAUAUUUUUCAAGGAACUGAUGAAGUAACGAUUACUAAAGUGUUGAAUAAAUCUAAAGAAAACUCACCGUUAAAUCCAUCAGUAUCUAUGGGUCUUAAUAACAAAUGUUUGAAAAAUGAGAACAGAAAGUCUCCAUCUGUAGGUCCAAGAUCGUACAGUCACGCGGCUAGGAAAUCAAAUGAUAAAUCUGACUUCUCUUAGUACUUAAGAUUUUCAAAAAUUAUCAUAUUUUUCAUUUAAUAUUUUGUUCCUGCUUAUUGAUAUUAUAAUAAUUUAAAAAUUCAAAGUUUAAAGUUAACGUUUAAAGAUAAAAAUAAUUUACUAUUAUCCAAAGAAGAUAAAUAAGAAAAAAAGAAGAUAUUAAAACGUGUAAGGAUUGUUGUAAAUAUUUCUUACGUUUAAAUAAAAUAAUUAAGUCUCAGUA